AUGGCGGGUCAAGGCUAUGGCCGCGGCGAAACUUCCGAUUCGGGUCAGAACCCGGGUUGGGAUUACCGUUUCGGUCGUGGAACCGCCCCCGACCGAAGCUGGUCUUACAACUGGGGAACCGCGUCGGGUCCCGGCGGAGGAGGUGGUUUUGGGUUCGGAUUCGGAUCAUCAUCUUCCGGCGGAGGGGGAGGAGGCGGCGGCGGAGGCUGUUACGGUGGGUACGGUGGAAGCACGAACGGUCCAAGAAGUGAAGCCACCGGAAGAGGAGGGGGAGAUGGUGGCUCCUAUCAGAAUAGCGGCGGACGUCGGGGCGCCGGUGGAGCUCGGGUGCAGAAGUAA